AUGUACUUACCAAAGAUAGGAGUUGUUUUUAUAAAUGAAAAAAAAAUCGAUAUCUUCUUUGAAUUUUUGUUGAUGAACUUGAUUCCAGAGAAUAAGUCAUACGAUAUGAUCUAUUUUGUUGAGUUGAAAUGCAAAAUGAAUUUCGGAGUAUACUUGCCACCACAAGCGGAGUUAGAACCAGUGCCGGUGAUUUAUUGGCUGUCAGGGUUGACUUGUACUGAAGCUAAUUUUAUUCAGAAAGCUGGAGCUCAGCGUUACGCAUCAGAACAUGGAGUUAUUCUUGUUAUUCCUGAUACUAGCCCACGUGGAGAGUGUAUUCCCGAUGAUCCAGAGUAUGACUUUGGUAUGGGAGCUGGAUUUUACGUAGAUGCGAUUCAAGAUCCGUGGAAAAAUCACUUUAGGAUGUACAGUUAUAUCACUAAAGAACUACCGACUCUAAUCAAUCAUAAAUUUCCGGUGAUUGCUGGUCAGCAAUCUAUUAUGGGCCAUAGCAUGGGAGGUCACGGAGCUUUGAUUUGUGCUUUUAAAAAUCCAGGGUUCUACAAAACAGUCUCAGCUUUUGCGCCCAUUUGCAAUCCUAUUGAAUGUGACUGGGGUAAAAAAGCAUUUUCAGGAUACUUGGGUGAUAAAAACGAACAUUUGGACCUGUGGAAAGAGUAUGACGCUACACACUUGGCUAAAAAAUAUUCCGGGCCACCGUUGGACAUUCUUAUUGACCAAGGAAAAGAUGAUAAUUUCAUGAAACAAUUAUUGCCAGAAAAUUUGGUUCCUGGCGCGGCAAAUGCUAACUUAAUGUUAACACUGAGAUCUCAAGAAGGCUAUGAUCACAGUUUUUUUUUCAUCGCUACAUUUAUUGAGGAUCAUAUUAAACAUCACGUUAAGUAUCUUAAGAAUUAG